CAUAAUGUCAUCAAGACAAAGCAGCAGUGCUGCAUUCCAUGACCGACCAACAGCCUCCGAACAGAACAUACCCUGCCUCUCUUGGCCGACCCAAGUCUCUCCCUCUAUCCGACAACCCUCGGACUCGUCUCGUCCAAUGAGCGGCGCAAAACCAUGACUCUUGACGACCCCAAUGAACCCCAAGAGCGCGUCAGACGUCCGAGCCAUCAUCGCCAAUCGCUACGCCGCUCAGCUCCGGCAAUGCCGCCCCGGGGCACCCACUUCCCACUCGGUGGCCCGCGCCGUCCACGCCCACAUGAUCGCCUCCGGGCUGCAGCCCCGCGGCCACAUCCUCAACCGCCUGAUCGACGCGUACUGCAAGUCCUCGAACGUCGGCUACGCCCGCCACCUGUUCGACGGAAUUCCCCAGCCGGACGUCGUCGCCAGGACGACGCUGAUCGCGGCGUACGCUGGCGCGGGGGGUCUGAAGUUGGCGAGGGAGAUGUUUGACGCGACCCCAUUGGGCAUGAGGGACACCGUUUGCUACAAUGCCAUGAUCACCGGCUGUUGCCAUAACAACGACGGCCAUGCCGCGGUGGGGCUGUUCCUUGACAUGAGGCGGCAUGGCUUUAAGCCUGAUGACUAUACAUUCACAAGCGUGCUUGCUGCCGCGUCGCUGAUCGCUGAUGGUGAAAGGCACUGCCAUCAAAUGCAUUGCGCGGUUGUGAAGUCCGGGACUGGAUGCGUUACUUCCGUGGUGAAUGCGCUCAUUUCUGUUCACGUCAAGUGCGCGUCGUCUCCACUGGUUUCGUCCCCGUCGUUGAUGGGUGCAGCGAGAAGGUUGUUCAGUGAGAUGCCCCAGAGAGACGAUGUAACAUGGACAACAAUUAUUGCGGGAUAUGUGAGGAACCAUGACCUCGAUGCAGGGCGUGAGUUUCUCGAUGCCAUGACAGAAAAUUCGGGAGUUGCGUGCAAUGCGAUGAUUUCGGGUUAUGUGCAUCACGGAAGGUUUGAUGAAGCCCUGGACCUGUUCAGGAAGAUGCAUUUAUUAGAAACUCACUUGGACGAGUUUACUUUCACAAGCGUAAUAUGUGCCUGUGCUAAUGCUGGACUAUUGGGCCAUGGGAAGCAAGUUCAUACCUACAUUCUGAAAACAGAAUCCAACCCUACACAACAUUUUUCUUUGUCAGUGAAUAAUUCAUUGAUCACUCUAUAUAUGAAAUUUGGGAAAUUUGGUGAAGCACGGAAAGUUUUUAAUGCUAUGCCUGUUAGAGACAUUGUUUCAUGGAAUGCGGUUGUAUCCGGGUAUGUGAAUGAACGGCAACUCGACGAAGCAAGAUCCCUUUUCAGUGAGAUGCCGGAGAGGAAUCUUUUGACAUGGACGGUGAUCAUAUCAGGAUUAGCUCAGAAUGGGUUCGGCGAAGAAGGUCUGAAGAUGUUCAAUCAAAUGAAGCUGGAAGGUUUCGAACCAUGUGAUUAUGCUUUUGCAGGAGCAAUAACUUGUUGUGCCGUGCUUGGAGCUUUGGAGCAUGGACGCCAGCUCCAUGCUCAGGUCGUAAGUCUAGGACAUGAUUCAAGCCUCUCUGCAGGGAAUGCUCUAAUCACAAUGUACGCACGAGGUGGCGUCGUGGAGGCGGCCCAUCGUGUUUUCUUGACUAUGCCAUUUCUGGAUUCGGUCUCUUGGAAUGCGAUGAUUGCAGCGCUUGGGCAACAUGGACACAGUUCUCGAGCUAUUGAGCUAUUUGAUGAAAUGCUGGAGGAAGAUAUAGUCCCUGAUCGGAUUAGUUUCCUCACAGUUCUCUCCGCUUGUAGCCACGGUGGUCUAGUAAAAGAAGGCCGACGGUACUUUGACAUAAUGCGUAGUGUUUACGGCAUCACACCUGGUGAGGAUCAUUAUGCCCGUUUGAUCGACUUGUUGUGUCGAGCUGGGAGGUUUCGCGAAGCAAAGGAAGUAAUCGAAUCGAUGCCGUCCCCGGCUGGUGCACCAAUUUGGGAGUCAUUUCUUGCUGGCUGUAGAAUCCAUAAUAACAUGGAUUUAGGGAUUGAAGCCGCGGAAAAGCUUUUCAAAUUGAUUCCUCAACACGACGGAACCUAUAUACUUUUAUCCAACAUGUACGCAAAUGCGGGUCGCUGGGAUCAAGUGGCCGAAGUAAGGAAAUUGAUGAGGGAGAGAGGGGUGAAGAAGGAGCCCGGAUGCAGUUGGGUCGAAGUUGAAAGCAAAGUCCAUGUCUUCCUGGUGAACGACGCCAUGCACCCCGAGGUACGGGAAAUAUACACUUACCUGGAGGAGUUGGGGCUCGAGAUGAGAAAACUGGGAUACGUCCCCGACACAAAGCACGUGUUGCACGAUAUGGAGGCCGAGUACAAAGAGCACGCGCUGGCCACCCACAGUGAGAAACUCGCGGUCGCAUACGGGCUCAUGAGGCUUCCCCGGGGAGCCACGGUUAGGGUCUUCAAGAACCUCAGGAUCUGUGGGGAUUGUCACAGCGCGUUCAAGUUUAUGAGCAGAUUGGUGGGGAGAGAGAUUGUGGUGAGAGAUGGAAAGAGGUUUCAUCAUUUCAAGGAUGGUGAGUGUUCUUGCGGCAAUUACUGGUGAAGAG